CAGAAAGAAAGACGGUUGGUGGCAUGAUGUUGAGCAUGAAAGCACAGGUGGAUGUGGUCUGCUGUAAAUCAGUAGGAACUGAUCUGUCCAUGCUGGAUAUUGAGGAUUUCAUCACAGAAAUCUGUCAGCUGAAGAAAGAGGUGGCUUCACUGGAGGCAAAGCUGAGAGAAAGAGGAGACAAACUGAACAGAGAGGAUGUGGAGCAGGUUUGGGUGCGUGAGACUGAUGGGACAGAAGCUCAGGAUUCAGUCUGGAGCGUCAGAGAUCAGAGAUCCAGAGACACACAGGACUCAGAGCUCAGCCUCACUUUACUCUGUUAUACUGACGCUCAGGAUCAUGAAUCCACUGAUCAAACCUCUGACUGUAACGCUGGAGAACAGCAGAUGCUGCAGACGCCGCUGAAGAUGUGCUCCGUCAAACUGGUGGACUGCAGGAACCUGAUCGAGAGCAGAGGAGAAGAAACCACUGCAGAGAAACAACAACAACACACUGAUGAGGAAGAGGAGGAGGAGGAGGAGGAAGAACAGAAUAAUGAUGAGGAUGAUGACAUUGUUCCUGCAGAUGACAGCGCUGGUUCAUCUUCUCAUAGAGAAAAUGCCUCUACAUCCAAAGAGCUAUGGACAGUGAGGGAGUGUGGAGAAACAUUGAGCAAACACAGUCAGUUAGUGAGACCUGAGAGAAAACACAAAGAACAGAAAGAGGACACCUGCAAGAUCUGCAACAUCAGUUUUCCGACCUUCAAAGAGAGAACAAUUCAUUCAAAAGAGCACAGCGUGAAGAAGGAGUUUCACUGCGAACAGUGCGGGAAGGAUUUCUUCACCACUCUUAAUAAUAUGAGAGCUCAUAUUAGGGGACACAGCGAAAAGUCUUUUCAGUGCAACAAAUGUAGCAAGUUUUUCCGCAACAAAUGA